AUCAAACCUCUUGGUUUGUCUCGUGUUUUUGCAACUAUUAACGGCGAUAGUGGCUUCUAGAAAUUCGGUAAACGGUAAAAUGAGUAAAAGGAAUGUCAGCUCAACUUCUUGCAAGAAUGUUCAGUUUGAUGAAACAAAAUUGGCCGACGUGCUACAUUUGAUGCGGAAACCUGCCAUAAACACGAUUAAAAUAACAGUGACCGUUUCGUCUGCGAACAGAACUCGAGUUUUUCCAGAAAUGAAGUGGGUGUGGGCGAACGAAAUUGGUCGGACCUUAAUCUCGUUGAUCUCUCGCGCUGAAUCUAUGUUCGCUUCGGCGAUUUAUACUUUUCCAUUAGAAGUCGGAAUGGAGAAAGUCUCUAUGGAAGUGACGGAAGAACCUACUGGUUGUUUAACUUCCGGCAAAGAAGGGUUAGACCUUGUUUUUGACUCUCUUUUGGAUAAGCUGUUUUUACACAUGGAAGAUAAAGACAAAGACAGGUACUACAAACUUUGUCGUCCGUACGACGACAACAAAGGACCCGUUCAGUUCAAGUGUUGUGGAAAAUUAGGUGAUGGGAAGUUGUCAAUCUGCGGAGAUUAUUCUUCUAUUGUACUUCGAUGGGCUCUCCCAGGUUUAAUAGUUGGAGUGGUAAUAUUCUCUUCAAUGACGUUACCUUUCUUACUGGAGUACAUAAUAACCUACAAAUACAAAGACUUUUACGAAACGUCAUUCAGUCAUAUGUCUCUUAUUUCCAUCGUGUCGAUGAUAUUUUUUGAAGGUCAGGGAACAACCAAGUCUUUGUUCAGGCGAUAUGCUUUCGUAGGGGUUACGUGGGUAGUAUUGUUCUUAACUGAUUUUUUGGGGAUUUGGGAGUUGAAAAUUCUCUUCGGUAUAUGGGCUAUUCUUUUCUGUUUCGACAUGACGUUUGAUAUGACGGACAAUGAAUUGGAGCCACGUUUUGGAGGAAAACUCAUAUCUUGUUUUUCAGGACCUUUCUUUCUUCCUUUUAAUUUCAUACGUUCGCUCAGCAAAAACACCGCUACUUGGCAUCAAAACUGUGCGCCCAUUAUUCAGAACUUGAUCGAUUUUCUUAAAAGUUCUCUUGUUUGCAUUUUGACCCUUAUCUAUUUUACGCUGGUUUUUCCAUUCCUCGUCGCAAAGAAUUUACUUUGUUUCAUAUUUGAUUUUUUUGGGGGGUUUGUCUUUCCUUAUCGCUGUUAUAGACAAAGUCUCUUCGAAAAAUUAAAAAAUUGUUACACGAUUGUUUUAAGAUUAUUUACUUUAGUCGCCAUCGUAUUCUUAAUGGUUUCGUCGCUCAUAUUCGUUCUUUCCAUUAUCGUUGGUGUGAUUCUGAAUGGUGAGUUCUUUAGUCCUUUUAUCGCUCCCGUUGUGACUCUGAUUGUCUUUUUUUGGAAAAACUGGAAGUUCUCGGUUGAAGCGCAAUGUCUGCAGCUCAAAACAUUAAUCAUUGAGGUUGGGAAGCAAAAAAUUACGUCGCUUGGUGCUGACGAAAAAGAUAGCAGUAAUGUCCCCACCGAAAACAUUGGAGAAACCAGUUUUAACAACGACGCAUCGUUGACAACCAGUCCUGUUUCAAAUGAGGUCAAUCAUAGUGGAGAUAUUGGUGCCUCGGAAACCCGUUCCAAUCGGACAGCAACUUCAAAUGCAGUCGGCGGGGACAAUCGUAGAGAAGAUGAUCGACCAGAUGAGAGUACUGGUGAACCCAACAACGAAGGGGGCAGAAGAACAACCUGGUAUGUUCCAGACUUGAGACAAGAUGGUAACGGCUAUCAAGAAUGUGGAAGCAGUUCACACGAUGUAAACAACAAUGCCGCGGAAAAAUCACUCGCUAUCAAAUUUGACACAACUGGCGAAGCAAUUAUCUCGAGAGAAUUUUUUAAAGAAGUUAGCAAAAUUGUCCUUUCUUUGGACCAUCUCCUGUUUUGUUUCUUCAGAAGAGUCGUCAUCGUUGGUAUUUACGCAUGGAUCAUGUUCAUUGUCAUGAUUCUGGUUCAAGAAACUGGACUUUCCGGAAGUCUCCAAGCAAUCAGCACCAUUGUUGCUAUCCUGGUACCCUUUGUUUUUGACAUGAUUUAUGCUGAUCACCAUUCGGCUCAGAAAUACUCCGGUAGUAUGGCAAUGAAAGAGCGACUUGGUCAUACAUUGAGAGUUUGUGGAAUCAAAGAAAACAUGAUCGUUUUUAAAUUGAUUAACAUCGACAAUGAAGAAAGUGGAGUCUCAAUACAACCCUGUUCACUAGCAAUCGAUAUCGCAUAUUGUGGAGAGCGCUGUCAGCCUGUGUAACAAAAUGACAACUAAUGUAUUCAGUAGCUACCUUGUUUUUUAUGAAAAUAAUCAAGAAUUAUCACCGUUAUAUCAAUGUUAUAUCACCAUAUCAAUGAUACUGAUUCAAGCCUUUUAAAAUUGACGAUAAACCAGCUUAAUUUUAUAUGCUGUAGUUUGCUAGAAAUUGCGUAUGUAGCAAUCAAAUAUCGAACGAACUAACCUUCAAUUAGCCAAUCAUGUGAACGCGAUUCUUAACUCACUCAGAACGCCCAGAGGCCAGUCGUACGAAAGCUGGAUAGUGCUAUUCACCGGAUAGU